GGAUAGCAAACCCUGCAAAAUGUGGCAAAAGAAGGGCGCUGUGUGAGUGCGCCGAGAGAGGCCAACAACGAUCGCGCGGGUUUGUGUGUACCAAGCCGGUGUCAGCACCUUUCCGCGGGAAGUUUGGUGCUCGUUCCGAUAUAUUUCCAAGGCGACGCCGUGACGGUCUCUUCUCGCCCACACCCGAGUAUCUUAGCCUUGGCGGCAGGAGCGUUCACAGACCGUCAAAAUGGGGAAAACUCGUGGAAUGGGAGCUGCGCGCAAGCUGCGAAAUCACAGAAGGACGCAGCUGUGGGCCGACAAGGCGUACAAGAAAAGUCACCAGGGGAACGAGUGGAAGAAGCCCUUCGCAGGCUCUUCCCAUGCCAAGGGAAUUGUCUUGGAGAAAAUUGGAAUUGAGGCGAAGCAGCCCAACAGUGCUAUCCGAAAGUGCUGUCGUGUGCAGCUCAUCAAGAACGGAAAGAAAAUCGCUGCUUUUGUGCCUAAUGAUGGUUGCUUGAACUUCAUCGAGGAGAAUGACGAAGUCCUGAUCUCUGGAUUUGGAAGGAAAGGGCACGCCGUCGGAGAUAUUCCUGGAGUCCGUUUCAAGGUUGUGAAGGUUUCUGGCGUAUCCUUGUUGGCGCUCUUCAAGGAGAAGAAGGAGAAGCCUAGGUCAUAGAAAGUUGGGUAUCAAAGAAGGCUUUUCGGCUCUUUUUUUAAUUCCAGAGAUGUUGAGUCAUUCUUCUCAGGCUGUAGUCUUGCUACUUCCGUUGAGACGACGACGAUGAGCGAGGGUAUCUCUUGGGUGUAUAGCGUGGUAUCUCUUUCUCGACAGCUAAGGUUGCCUGGGACGAGCAGCAACAUGAAGGCCAUGUUCUAGGGUUUUUGUUGGAGGCCGAGCGAGUUGGAUGUGCGUUCAGAUGAGGGAGGGAUCUCUAUCCCACUGUCUGCCUGAGUGGGUUCAGAUGAGUGGACUGGUGAUGAGAGGGAUUCGUGCAACUGUUUUCUCGAGUGGGACGACGCUCAUGUCCUCUCCGGAGAUGAAGAGUGUUUGUCGGCGGUGAGCUUCGAGUGUAUGUCGGCGUUGAAUUUGGGUUUUUUGACUCGGCCUAUUUUUUUCGCUCCCCCGAAUGUACGAGGUCCACUUUAUUUUCUUUCGACAAGGAAAAGGCACCUGUUGACCUUCUGCUCAGAAGUUGUUUUUCUUGCUCCAGCGCAAUUUUGUUUGUUUGUGAGUCAUGCUUGGGUCCAAUCAGUUGUCCUGCCUGCCUCAGCGCAAUUGCUUGUUUGUGUUAUGCUUGGGUCCAACCAGUUGGGACUUUGUAUGUGGUUGCAUCAUUUUGGACGGGUCGAGUUCUCUUCGCAUCUCGUUGCGAUUUUGAAAUUCCCUAUCCUUUCGUGUUUUUGUUUCCGUUUGUUUUAUGUAUGUCUAAAUUCAGACAUGGGGAGAGAGAGAGAGAGAGAGAGGUUGCGGGAUUGGGAGAUCGAGUGGGGUGGGCAGGAUCAAGGCAAGCGGGCGUCAGAACCAACUGGCCCUAUUGGUUAUUCUAUUUUUUAUUUUGAAUUUAAUUGUUUGUGUUUCCUGAUUUGGCUGUUCUUCGGCGUUAGGUCUUAGAUAUUCAUGUCGUUUUUCCCCCUUUGUAUGUUGAACCCUUAACUCUGUAUGCGUGGUCAAUCAGAGAGGGUAAAGAGAGACAAUAAGGUAAAGGGAGAGAUGCCGGAGGAUGGGGUGAGUGACCUCAGUUCCCUUAUGACUGGGAAUGCGUGGCUAACAUUG